CUCCAAGGGGCUGGAAUGAGGCCCUGUGGGUGUCCAUCAGACUCUGGGCUUCCAUGGGGCUGGAAUGGGGCUCUGUGGGGCUGGGACACAAUUCCAUGGGUCUCUGUGGGUAUAAUCCCCCCAGGUCUCCACACGAGGUUGCGAGUUUAUGCCUGUGACCUCCUGUCCGAUGGGAGCGUCCGUGGAUUCAGUCAGGAUGGCUACGACGGGCGGGAUUUCAUCUCCUUUGACCUGGAAUCCGGGAGAUUCGUGGCAGCCGACAGUGGUGCUGAGAUCACCAGGAGACACUGGGACGGGACCGUGGCUGAGGCACGGACGAAUUACCUGAAGCACACCUGCCCAGAAUGGCUCCAGAAAUAUGUCAGAUGCGGGCAGAGGGAGCUGGAGCGCAAAGAGCCCCCUGAUGUCCAUGUGUCUGGAAAAGAGGAACACGGGACGCUGAUCCUGUCCUGCCACGCGUACGGAUUCUACCCCAGCACCAUCGCAGUCAGCUGGAUGAAGGGGGAUGAUACCUUGGAUCAGGGGCCGGAGUGGGGCGGGAUCGUUCCCAACAGCGACGGCACCUUCCACACCUGGGCCUGUCCGGAAAAGAGGAACACGGGACGCUGA